AUGUUCAAAUUGGUGGCUCUUCUCGUCUUGUCGGCUGUGGUUAUGGGAAUGCCGGGAAUGGGUCGGUGGGAUGAUUCGGAUGGAAUGGAUGGAAUGAAUGGACAAAUGAACUCGAUGAAUGAACAACAGAAUGGAGUCUUCAGAGAUCAACGACGAAUCUUUCGAAAUGGAGAUUGCAGAGUACACGACUACACUAUCUACGACGGAUCAAACGUUCGCUCGGCAACUCAAAAUGAGCAAACGAUGAUUGAUAUGUACUACAGAAAUCGUAUGAACGGAGUCAAUCAAUCUCCACCCUGCAUGUGCACGAUGGCUCGAUGCUCGAUG